AUGGGGUUAUUAUUCGCAAAGUUCUGGAGCUUGUUCUCAUCAGAAGAGCACAAAGUCAUAAUAGUGGGACUUGAUAAUGCUGGAAAGACAACCAUAUUGUAUCAAUUUUUAAUGAAUGAAGUGGUUCACACUUCACCAACGAUAGGCAGCAAUGUAGAGGAAGUUUUAUGGAAGAAUAUAAGAUUUAUAAUGUGGGAUAUUGGAGGACAAGAAUCACUGAGAGCAUCUUGGAGCACUUACUACUCUAACACAGAAUUUGUUAUUUUAGUUAUUGACAGUACCGAUAGAGAGAGACUUUCUAUAACAAAGGAGGAAUUGUACAAAAUGUUGGCGUUUGAGGACUUGAAAAAAUCAUUCCUUCUGGUGUAUGCUAACAAACAAGAUUUAAAAGGCGCAAUGACUGCUGCAGAAAUAUCAUACCAGCUUAAUUUAACAUCAAUUAAGGAGCAAGGAUGGCAUAUACAAGGAUGUUGUGCCCUUACCGGGGAAGGGUUGUAUCAAGGUCUGGAUUGGAUUGGUAGUCGAAUCAAAAGGUAA